AUGACGGUAUCUCCAUUGGUUUCCUGCUCCAGCUCAGAACGUUGCACUGUAAAGCAGAACGGACUCCGCGGGAGAAGCUAACCGGUGCUUCACCGACACACGGAGGAUGACAGAUGGGACACAAACAGCGUUACGACUUUUACCGCCAGUCACUGGAAAACAAAGCAUUCACUUGAGUAUAUAAGCUUGUAUUAUUAAAGAUUAGCCAAGGCCGACACAUUUCACUACCGUUACAGGCUCGGACGGGAUGCCUGGGAUCGGUAUAGAAAUUCCCCGUUUUUUUAAAUUCAGUCACAGGCCACCGCCGGUAUGCUAAUUUGGUAAAUUUAGGACAUAUUGAAGCAGAAGUGGGAGGCAAAAUGGGAUUCCUGCACCAGCUCCAUCUCCUGCUGUGGAAGAAUAUCUCUCUGAAGAGGAGGGGACCGUGGGUGCUGGCCUUUGAGAUCUUCAUCCCACUGGUCCUCUUCUUCAUUCUUCUGGGUCUGAGGCAGAAGAAGCCAGCAAUUCCUGUCAAAGAAGUGUCCUUUUACAGUGCAGCACCGCUUACCUCAGCUGGCAUCAUUCCCAUCAUGCAGUCUCUGUGCCCAGAUGGACAAAGGGAUGAAUUUGGUUUUCUUCAGUACAAGAACUCCACUGUGACCCAGCUGCUGGAGCGCAUCAGUGAAGUGGUUGAACAGAAUCGACUCUUCACCUCAGACUGGCCCAGUUUGGGUCAAGAGCUGGAAACCCUGCAGCAACACCUGGAGAGUCUCAGCUCCACCCCUUUACCACUGGACGGCAACUUCAACAGCAGCCAAGGCUUCACAUUGGCCAGUGUGUUAAAAAACCAGUCAGUUUUCCAGCAGUUCCUUGUCAAGAACCUGUCCCUGUCCAACUCCACAAGCGGCCUGCUGCUCAACACUCCAGUCAGCCUCAGAGAGGUGCACAGUCUUAUUUUUGGUACAUCUCUCAGAGAUGGAGGAGGAGCCCAAAGAUGGAUUCGGGGGGCAAAAGACACCAGCCAAAAACCUGAGGACAAAGUUCUUCAUCUGGAGGAGGAGCUGCUGGGAGAUGUUCACAGUCUGAAUGGAGGUCUGAUACACAAAGCCUUACGUGACCCAACAAAAGCAGCCCAUAGGCAGGCUCUGCUCAAACUCAUGUCCCAGGCUUUAGGUCUUACUGAAGUCACAGGAAACCAGAGAAAAGACCAACAGGGCCUGAAGGAGGUGGAGGGGGUUCUGCUGACUGGAGCCAUGCUGGAGGUCCUCACUUGUGGGGAGGGUGGGACAAGUGAGCUCAAUAAGAUCCUGUUGGUGCCUGAGAAGCAGCGACCAGUGCUACAAGCCUAUCGCAGUGCAGUUUGCAGCGGAGGGGAGGGUCAAAGGUCAGAGCGCUUCAAACAGAUGAGCCACGAGCUGAGAGAGCAGAUCAACACACAGAUUGUAACUGAGAAGCUUCACCUGGAGCAGCCCAGCUCUUUGGCUCCUCUCUCUCACUCCCACCUCGGGGCAAUAUUGAAGGACCUGGCUGAUGUAGAGAGGCUUCUCAAGGACGUGGACCUGCUCUCUGGCCUGGCCCGUCUGCUGCCCAAGGGAGCCUGCAUUGGACGAUCUCCAGCCUCCCCCACAAACAUGACAUGGCCCCUUAACUCUACCACCUGGGGCCCCAACACAACUGAUGUCCCUGGUGAGGAGGAGAAGGAAGGAGCAGAGGGAGGUGGUGCAGGAGCAGGAGUAGGGAAAGGGACGGAGGAAGCACAGAACCCUCAUUCUCAGUUUUCGGCGUUUGUACAGCUGUGGGCUGGAUUGCAGCCGAUUCUGUGUGGGAACAACAGGAUCAUUGAGCCUGAGGCUCUGAAGCAAGGGAAUAUGAGUUCUCUGGGAUUCACUAGCAAAGAACAGAGGAAUCUGGGCCUACUGGUUCACUUGAUGACUACAAAUCCCAAGAUCCUCUAUUCCCCCAUUGGCUCUGAGGUGGAUAAAGUGAUUCAGAAGGCAAAUGAGACAUUUGCAUUCAUUGGGAACGUGACACACUACACCCGUGUGUGGCUCAACAUUUCCUCCCAGCUCAGGACUUUUCUCGAGGAGGGCCAGCUGCACAACCACCUGUUGUGGUUACAGCAGCUGUCAUCUGAACUUCAGCAGCACCCUGAGUUGUUGAAUGGCACCGACAGUGAGCUGAUGCAGGGUCUGAUGGAGGGAAACUACAGCCUUCCCAACACCUCCACCCUGCUGGAGCAGCUGGACACCAUUGACAAUGCUGCCUGUGGCUGGACACACUUCAUGUCUAAGGUAAGUGUGGAUGUCUUCAAGGGCUUUCCUGAUGAGGACAGCAUUGUCAACUACACCCUGAACCAGGCCUACCAGGACAACGUGUCUGUCUUUGCCAGUGUGAUUUUUCAGACCAAUAAAGACGGUUCCCUGCCACCUCAUGUUCUGUACAAAAUUAGACAAAACUCCAGCUUUACAGAGAAGACCAAUGAAAUCAGAAGGGCUUACUGGCGUCCUGGGCCCAACACCGGGGGGAAAUUCUACUUCCUCUAUGGCUUUGUUUGGAUCCAAGAUAUGAUAGAGAGAGCCAUCAUCAACACGUUUGUGGGGCAUGAUGUGGUGGAACCUGGUAACUACGUACAGAUGUUCCCCUACCCGUGUUAUACCAGAGACGAUUUUCUGUUUGUGAUUGAGCAUAUGAUGCCUCUUUGCAUGGUGAUCUCCUGGGUUUACUCAGUAGCCAUGAUGAUUCAGCAUAUUGUGGCUGAGAAGGAGCACCGGCUCAAAGAGGUGAUGAAGAUGAUGGGUCUGAACAAUGCCGUCCACUGGGUGGCUUGGUUUAUCACUGGUUUCGUCCAGCUGUCCAUCUCUGUCACUGCCCUGACAGCCAUCUUGAAGUAUGGCCGGGUAUUGCUCCACAGUGAUCCCUUCAUCAUCUGGCUCUUCCUCACCAUCUAUGCCGUGGCCACCAUCAUGUUCUGUUUUUUGGUUUCAGUAAUCUACUCGAAGGCCAAGCUGGCUUCAGCCUGUGGAGGAAUCAUCUACUUCCUCAGCUACGUGCCCUACAUGUAUGUGGCCAUUAGGGAGGAGGUGGCCCAUGAUAAGAUCACUGCCUUUGAGAAGUGCAUCGCUUCUCUUAUGUCCACCACAGCCUUCGGCCUUGGCUCCAAGUAUUUUGCAUUGUAUGAGGUAGCAGGUGUUGGCAUCCAAUGGCGGACCAUCAGCCAGUCACCAGUAGAAGGUGAUGACUUUAACCUGGGUCUGUCCAUGAUGAUGCUCAUCAUCGAUGCUGGUGUGUAUGGUGUGCUCACCUGGUACAUAGAGGCCGUGCAUCCAGGAAUGUAUGGCCUGCCCCGUCCAUGGUACUUUCCCCUGCAGAGGUCCUAUUGGUCAGGGAGUGGGCGUGUUGAGACCUGGGAUUGGCCAUGGUGUGGAGGUGGGACUGCCAGGCUCAGUGUGAUGGAGGAAGACCAGGCAUGUGCAAUGGACCAGCGGAGAACUGAGGAAAUGCGUGGCAUAGAGGAGGAGCCGAGCCACCUGCCGUUGGUGGUGUGCAUAGAUAAACUGACCAAGGUGUACAAGACCGGCAGCAAACUGGCCCUCAACAAGCUGAGCCUCAAUCUCCAUGAAAACCAGGUGGUCUCCUUCCUGGGACACAAUGGUGCUGGCAAGACCACAACCAUGUCCAUCCUGACGGGCUUGUUCCCGCCCACCUCUGGCUCUGCUACCAUAUACGGUCACGAUAUUCGCACAGAGAUGGAGCGUAUUCGUCAGAACCUGGGCAUGUGUCCACAGCACAACGUACUGUUUGACAAGCUGAGUGUGGAGGAGCAUCUGUGGUUCUACUCCAGACUCAAAGGCAUGGCUGAAGAAGACAUACGCAAGGAGAUGGACAAGAUGAUUGUUGACCUGGAGUUAUCCAACAAGCGUCAUAGCUUAGUGCAGACUUUGUCUGGCGGGAUGAAGAGGAAGCUGUCUGUGGCCAUUGCCUUUGUAGGUGGCUCCAGAGCCGUCAUCCUGGAUGAGCCCACAGCGGGCGUGGACCCCUAUGCUCGCAGGGCUAUUUGGGACCUCAUCCUCAAGUACAAACAGGGCCGUACAAUUCUGCUGUCCACCCACCAUAUGGAUGAAGCAGACCUUCUGGGAGAUCGCAUUGCCAUCAUCUCACAUGGGAAGCUCAAGUGCUGUGGCUCGCCACUCUUUCUGAAGAGCACCUAUGGAGACGGAUACAAACUGACACUGGUCAAAAAGCAGAGCGAGGGCCCAGGCCAGGGCAGCCCGCUGCAGCCUCCUUCAUCUCUGUCUCCGUCCUCCUCUCUGUCGCCUUGCUCAGAGGCUCGGGUCACCCAGUUUAUUCGCCAGUUUGUGGCAUCCUGCCUGCUGGUGUCCGACUCCAAUACUGAACUGUCUUAUGUCCUACCUUCUGAAGCUGUCAAAAAGGGCUGCUUUGAGAGGCUCUUCCAGGCUUUAGAGCACAGCUUGGAUAGCCUGGCCUUAACCAGUUUCGGGGUGAUGGACACCACCCUGGAAGAAGUCUUUCUCAAAGUGUCUGAAGAGGACCAGUCUCUGGAGAACAGCGAUGCUGACAUGAAGGGUUCCCCAGGGGGCAGCUCAGUGGGGAAAUCCUCAGUGGGUUCGGCAGGCCCGGCAGGGCCACAGAAUGAGACUGGACCUUCAGUAAAAAAUGAGAAGCCGGAGGUGGAGCUGAGUAAUCUGGUGAUGUGCUCCAGACUGAGCCAGAGCCAGACUUCCUUGAAAUCCUCCUCGUCCAUCGGCUCAGUGAGGGGGGAUGAAGGUGGACUCUAUGCAGACUUCUAUGGAGACUACUGUCCACUCUUUGACAAUGGCCAAGAGUCUGACUCUGCCAGCCUGAGAGGAGAUGCAGAGAACCCCUCGUCCCCAGAUCCAGAGGUCCUGGAGGGGCAGGGCAGCUUCAAGUUGGAGGGUUGGUGGUUAAAGCUAAGUCAGUUUCAUGGCCUCAUUGUCAAGAGGUUCCACUGUGCCAAAAGGAACACCAAGGGCCUCUUCUCUCAGAUUCUCUUACCCGCAUUCUUCGUUUGUGUGGCCAUGACCGUGGCUUUAUCUGUUCCUGAGAUUGGAGAUUUGCCACCCCUGAUCUUGUCCCCAUCUCAGUAUCAUAACUAUACCCAACCUAGAGGCAAUUUCAUUCCCUACGCCAAUGAAGACAGACCCCAGUACAGAAGUAAACUGUCACCAGACGCCAGCCCACAGAAGAUCAUCAACACCCUUCGUCUGCCCUCGGGUGUGGGUGCUACUUGCGUCCUCAAAACCCCCUUCAACAGCACUCUUGACCAGUUGGCCCAGACCCUCAACCCCAGCGCCAAUAACUCCAAGACUCUGGCUGCCCGCUACUUUGACUCCAUGUGUCUGGACUCCUUCACUCAGGGAGUCCCUCUCUCCAACUUUGUACCCCCACCUCCUUCACCAGCACCUUCAGAUGACCCAGACCCUCGCUUUGAGGAUGGACUGUGGAACUUCACAGUUGCCCCUCCAACCACAGUCCAUGAGCCUGUGACGUCUCCACCCACCCUCCCCCUUUCUGUCCAUGAGCCAGUGCGUUGUACCUGCUCCAUGCAGGGGACAGGCUUCUCAUGCCCCAGUGGGGUGGGAGGGCGACCCCCCCUCAUGAAGGUGGUGACAGGUGAUAUCCUGGUGGACAUCACAGGCCGGAACGUCUCUGAGUAUCUGCUUUUCACAUCAGACAGAUUGCGCCUGCACAGAUAUGGUGGUUUAACAGUGGGGAAUAUCCAAAAAUCAGUCCCCGCAUCCUUUGGGAGAAAGAUACCUCCAAUGGUUCGCAAGAUAGCAGUUCGUAGAUCAGCUCAGGUUUUGUACAACAACAAAGGUUACCACAGCAUGCCAACGUAUCUCAACGUCCUCAACAAUGCCAUCCUGCGUGCCAACCUGCCCUCAUCUAAGGGCAACCCUGCUGCUUAUGGUAUCACACUGACGAACCACCCAAUGAAUCGAACCAGUGCUAGCCUCUCCUUGGACUACUUGCUCCAGGGAACAGAUGUGGUGAUUGCCAUUUUCAUCAUUGUGGCCAUGUCUUUUGUGCCAGCCAGCUUUGUGGUUUUCCUUGUUGCAGAGAAAUCCACAAAAGCCAAACACCUGCAGUUUGUCAGUGGCUGUGACCCUGUCAUCUACUGGCUGGCUAACUACAUAUGGGACAUGCUGAACUACCUGGUACCUGCCACAUGCUGUGUUAUUAUUCUGUUUGUGUUCGACCUACCAGCCUACACCUCCCCAACCAACUUUCCUGCUGUCCUCUCCCUCUUUCUUCUCUAUGGGUGGUCCAUCACUCCCAUCAUGUACCCAGCAUCUUUCUGGUUCGAGGUCCCUAGUACAGCUUACGUGUUUCUCAUAGUCAUCAACCUCUUCAUAGGCAUCACUGCAACUGUUGCCACCUUUCUCCUCCAACUCUUUGAACAUGACAAGGAUCUGAAGAAAGUCAACAGUUACCUAAAGUCUUGUUUCCUCAUCUUUCCCAACUACAACCUUGGCCAUGGCCUAAUGGAAAUGGCCUACAAUGAGUAUAUCAACGAAUAUUAUGCUAAAAUAGGCCAGUUUGACAAGAUGAAGUCUCCGUUUGAGUGGGACAUUGUGACACGAGGACUCGUUGCCAUGACAAUCGAAGGUUUUGUGGGGUUCCUUAUCACCAUCCUCUGCCAGUACAACUUCCUCAGGAAAACCGCGAGGGUGCCUGUCAGCUGCCAGCCUAUCGACGAUGAUGAUGUAGAUGUGGCCUGUGAGAGACGAAGAGUGCUGCGAGGAGAUGCCGACAAUGACAUGCUGAAGAUUGAGAACCUGACAAAGGUGUAUAAAUCCAGAAAGAUGGGUCGUAUCCUGGCAGUAGACAGGCUGUGUCUGGGUGUCCGGCCUGGUGAGUGUUUUGGACUGCUAGGAGUGAAUGGAGCUGGAAAGACCACCACCUUUAAGAUGCUGACGGGUGAUGAGUGCACCACUGGAGGAGAGGCCUUCAUUAAUGGAAACAGCAUCCUGAAGGACCUGUUACGUGUGCAGCAGAGUAUUGGCUACUGUCCACAGUUUGACGCUCUGUUCGAUGAUCUGACCGCCACAGAACAUCUGGAGCUGUACACUCGCCUUCGUGGCAUUCCCUGGAAGGACCAGGAGAGGGUGGUGCAGUGGGCCUUAGAAAAGCUGGAGCUGUCCAAGUAUGCAGACAAGCCUGCCGGCACGUACAGUGGGGGCAACAAACGCAAGCUUUCCACUGCCAUUGCUCUGAUUGGAUACCCCUCACUCAUCUUCUUGGAUGAACCCACCACUGGGAUGGACCCAAAGGCCCGCAGAUUCCUCUGGAAUUUAAUCCUUGACAUAAUCAAGACUGGACGCUCUGUAGUGCUGACAUCACACAGCAUGGAGGAGUGCGAGGCUUUGUGCACCAGACUAGGCAUUAUGGUGAACGGACGGUUUAAAUGCCUUGGCAGCAUCCAACACCUCAAGAACAGGUUUGGAGAUGGCUACAUGAUCACAGUGAGAACCAAGAGCAGCUCCAAUGUGAAGGAGGUGGUUCGCUUCUUCAACAGAAACUUCCCUGAGGCUGUGCUAAAGGAGCGUCACCACACAAAGGUCCAGUACCAGUUGAAAUCUGAGCGGAUCUCCCUGGCUCAGGUCUUCAGUAAAAUGGAGCAAGUGGUGGAGGUGCUAGGUAUCGAGGACUACUCUGUCAGUCAGACCACUCUGGACAAUGUGUUUGUCAACUUCGCCAAGAAGCAGAGUGACAACCUGGAGCAGCAGGAGGCGUCGCCCCCCAGUGGUGGACCGUCCCCCCUGCAGCGCAUCCUCAGCCUGCUAAAGUCUCGGCCGGCCAACACAGAGCUCAACGCUCUGAUUAGUGAGGCGCCGGAGGAGCUGGAGAGCGAUGAUGAUGAAGGACUCAUCAGCUUCGAAGAGGAAAGGGUGCAGCUCUCCUUCAACACAGACACUCUCUGUUGAAAUGAGCCACUUAAAGAGCAGAGAGACGAUGAGCGUGACAGUGGUGGGGAAACCCCAACCCAUCUGUCUGAGCUCUGCAGUCUGGAGGGAGAACAGAGCUGCUCAUUUAUCCCUGAAGAGGACCAAAACUCUCUGCACUAUGGAACAUAGGACCAGUAGUUCAGUAUUUCAGCCUCAAAUUCUUCAUCCCAGGAGGGACUGGGGUGGUUUAAGUCGGAUCAUGCAGACACAGGUGGAAAAGACAUAUGACCUGCAGAGCCCAGCCUGCAGCUCGAGACACAGCAGGAGAGUACUUGCAUUUGGAUUGAAGACUUUGUCCUUGAAUGUUUCCAUAUUUAUUUCCUUUCUUGAGAAUGUAUCUCACUAUAUGGCUAAGGGAUACAGGCAUUUUGGUUUGGUUGCACCCACUCCCUGCCAAAGGGCCUCAUGUAACCAGAGUGGGCCCUUUUUACUGUACUGAACUAGACCUGCCUCGAGAGCAUGUUGUGAUGAAGUUGAUUCCCAGUGGUAAUGUAAUACAAUAUAUUUUUCUGUGGCGAGAAGAGUGAUUUAUUUUGGAUAUUCAAGCAGUUACAGGCGCGUGUGAAUUAUUUUGCACUAACAGAGGAUUUAGUGAACUGUACCGCAGGAAUGUGGACACGUGUGCACUUGAUGUGCAGACAUGAAGCAAGAGAAUGUAGGUGGCAUGGUUAUUGUUCUGGUGGUGCCUCCCUUCUAAUUUCAACUUGUUUUCACACUACAUUUGGUUUCUUUUUACUGAAUGCUCUCUUGUGUACUUUUAACAUAUCAUUAUAUUGUGGACUCUGCCAAGAAGAUCCUCUUAUAAACCGGACACAGUGUACAACAAUAAUAAUAAUAAUAAUGAUAAUGAUAAUAAUAAAAAAAAUAAUAAUGAUAAUAAUUACAUUAGUAAUAAUAAUGAUAAUAAUAACUCCAUCUCCAGUGAAGGUAAUCAGCGUUCUAACUAGUCUGAAACUGAAGCGAACUCUGCUCAUAUUCUCUGACAAUAACUGCACUACCAUCACUGUGAUACUAAAGGGAACUCUCAGCUCAGAAUAAUCUGUUGUUUCACUCGGGUACAGUACGUGUUUUAUGAUUUGCAGAUGAUCUUGUAAUUUUUAAUUGAAUUUCGAGGAAUGUGCAAAAUAUUUACAGAAACAUGGAUGUUUCUCUGUACGUUGGCAUGUGGUUUUAACUGCUCUCUCUCUCUCUCUCUCUCUCUCUCUCUCUCUCUCUCUCUCUCUCUCUCUCUCUCUCUGAGAGUUUUGUGAUAAUUGAGUUGUAACGUGUCCUGUCAAAAUAAUUACUGUUUCACUACUUCUUUCACAGCUAAAUGCAUAUUUGCAUAUUUUUGGUGAUUAUUAUGGCACUGGUGGGCUGUUUUCCUACUUGAAUUAAACAAGAAAACAAAAAAAACUGAAUGUUGUAAUUUCUUUCUUCUCCGAGAAUGUAAAGGUGAAGGGAAGUUGGUUGUUAGAACAUUUACAACACAAUACAAUCAAAAACGGGAACCUUAAAGAACAUAAAGGUCCAGGGAGUAGCAUAUGUGCCAUCUAGUGGUGAGGUUACAGAUUGCAACCAACUAAAAUCCUGCUGUCUCGCCUACCUCAGUGGUGGCUGCUGAAAACACAAAAGGCCCUCUCUAGAGACAGCUCUUGGUUUGUCCACUAUGGGCUGCUGUAGAAACAUGGCAGUGCAACAUGAGCGACUGUGGAAGAGGACCUUUUACCUCUGUAGAUAUAAAAGGCGCGUUCUAAGAUAAGAUCCUACCACUGGACCAUUCAGCCUUAAGAUUUCUUUGAGUUCGAUCAUGAUCUUUCUGUGAUUGGAACACUUUGUUAAAAGAACAAAAAAAGAACAUCUUGGAACCUAAUGACACAAAUUCUGAGAGGUUACUCGUCAACAGCAAUCACAGGAGUUGCACAAUCACAGAAAAAUAUUAUUUAACUUUGCUCUGUAUUGACAUAUGACUGUAUUUUUGGGUAUGUGAAGCAUCAUCAGUUUCUCCUUUGGACAAAACAUCUGACGUUAACACUGAAGUGUGUGAUUAAAUUUCUUUUGUUUCGCUGUCACCCUCCAGUUAAAAAUAUGUUGUGAUUAUUGUUGCUUCAUGCGGAUGUUUAGCUUCACUUUGCACAGUGAUGGUCUUACUCACUUAUGCCCAGAGUACAUUGACACAACAAGGCUGGGAAAGUUUUUUGUGCUCACCUCAAAUCUCAGUUUAACAGGAUAAGUUCGAAACUUUUCAAGACUUUCCUAAAAUAUUACAUGCCUGUAUGUGCACUGAAUGAGGUUUUUGCUCACUGUAACAGAUCCUGAGCUCCUUGGACAGGGCUGUGUCCAGGUUGGUAACAAGGGAUUAGUGGGCCUUUGCAAUUAAUGCCCCCAGACUGUGGAAGAGCCUGCUUUGCUUGUAUAAAUUGUUGUAUCUCUUUAUUUUGGUGUUAUUGGUCUUGUGUCAUGUAUUUGCAUUAUGUUGCUUCAGAGUUGUUUAAUGUCAUCUCAUCUGUAUUGUAGUUUAGUUUAUUUAAUUGGUUGUGCUAUUGUGUAUUUGCAUUUUAUUUUAACUUCUUGUUAUCUGUAUUUUAUUUUAUUCUUGCUCAAGCACCUUGUAAGCUUGUUACGAAAGGUGCCUUAUAAAUGCAAUUUAUUAUUAUUGUUGUUAUUAUCAUUAUCAUUAUUAUUAUUAUUAUUA